CUGACUGGUACUGUCUUUCCAUCUCGGAGUCAUCUUAAAUCAGUGAGCCUGCGCCCGCUGGCCACCAUGAAUGCCUCAGCACUGCCGCUCAGCAACAACACCCCGCUCUGCUAUUCCAUCAACAGCCCUCCUUUCAAUUACCACCCCACCAUCGCCUCGGCAUACUUCUCAUCCAUCUUCAGCACUUUGGGUCUCAUUUCAAAUCUUAUCGCCUUCGUUGUUCUCUUCAAGUCGUUCUGCCAGACACACAGCCAUUCACGUUCCUUCUUCCUGAUCUUCCUGGGUGGCUUAGUUGUCACUCACUUAAUGGGUCUUCUGGUCACAGGCUCAAUUGCAAUCUCUUUCCGUGUUACACACUUUAAUUGGCGUACAGUAGACCCCAACUGCCACUUCUGCAACUUCAUGGGCAUGUCCAUGGUUUUCUAUGGCCUGUGCCCACUGUUGCUUAGUGCUGCCAUGUCUGUGGUGCACUUUAUUGGCAUCAACCGUCCAUUUGCAUGCUCUGCCAGUAUGCCCAAGAGCUGGGCAAUCUCCAUGGUGCUGACAGUGUGGUUGAUUGCUGGCUGCAUAGCAUUGCUGCCCCUAACAGGCAUUGGGAGUUACCAUAUUAAAUUUCCUGGCUCCUGGUGUUUUUUCAACAUCAGCUCUAAGGGAAAUGACCUGGCUUUCUCCCUGCUCUUCUCUCUGGUCGGGCUGAUGUCUCUCACCAUGUCAUUUGUGCUUAACACGGUGAGUGUGGUGACCCUGAUCAAAGUGUGCUGCAGACAGGACAGGAACCAGCGGCACAGAGACAAUGAAGUGGAAAUAAUGGUUCAUCUCAUUCUGAUUAUCGUCAUUUGUUCUGUCUGCUGGUGCCCCAUACUGAUCUUUAUUGCACAAACUGUGCUGUCCAAAGCCUCCAUCCAGGUCAAACAACUACUGCUACGGAUAUGCUUCGCCACCUGGAACCAGAUUGUGGACCUGUGGGUAUACAUCUUGUUUCACAAGGGAGUUCUUAAGAGAAUCUACCCCUGCCUCAGCUGGUCCUGGGGUUCUAUCAUGACUUCGUACCCAUCUUUCAGUGACACUGUCCACAGGUUCACAUGCACUUCACUUGAGACUCUGGGCUCAGAUGGUGCAGAUGAGACAGAGAAAUCAAGUGUAAUGGCUCCUUCUACCUUAAAGCCAUCACCUCCUUCUUCAUGA